AUGUCGCUCAGUGACCUAGUAUUAAAUAAAGCGACGGUUAUGUGGAAAGGAGGUAGCGGUGGAUUAUAGCAUCGGCUUGGCCAUUUUAAAUACUACCGGUACAUUCAGGAAGACUUGUCAGCGUCGAAAAUUUACAAAAAAAAAAAUCAAUCAUUCAUCCCACAGUAAAUUAUUUUUGUAUAAUAUUCCGGAUCAUGCUGAAAUCAGAAGGAAAACGCAAAGCAGAAAAUCAUCACUUGCCUUGAGCAGCGCUGCAGUGCGAUCUCUGCCUCUCCGUCCGACUGGAUUUCAUCAGCAGAUCGAUCUACAACAGCACACACCGCAUUGGGGUUUAACUGGGAUAUAUUCUCUCUUCUCGCGGUUUAGCAAAUCGGUUUGGUGUAACGGAAGUUAUUGGUUUGCAGAGGACUGAAUUAACGUUACAGUUAAACUGGGAUGGACAAUGCCCAUACAAAGACGGUUGAGGAGGUGCUGGGAUAUUUCGGUGUCAACGAGACAACGGGACUGAGCUCUGAGCAAUUAAGGAAGAGCAGAGAAAGAUGGGGCCCCAAUGAGUUACCUGCAGAAGAAGGUAAGUCACUAUGGGGACUUGUUCUGGAGCAGUUUGAGGAUCUGCUAGUUCGGAUUCUCCUCCUUGCUGCCUGUAUUUCCUUUACUCUGGCCUGGUUUGAGGAAGGGGAAGGAACAAUCACAGCCUUUGUAGAGCCAUUUGUCAUUCUCCUCAUUCUUAUUGCCAAUGCCAUUGUAGGAGUGUGGCAGGAGCGUAAUGCAGAAAAUGCCAUUGAAGCCCUAAAACAAUAUGAACCUGAAAUGGGGAAGGUGUACAGACAGGACAGGAAGAGUGUUCAGAGGGUCAGAGCCAGGGAGAUUGUGCCUGGAGACAUUGUGGAGGUGGCUGUUGGUGAUAAAGUCCCAGCAGACAUCCGACUAACCUCCAUACGCUCUACUACUCUGAGAGUGGACCAGUCCAUCCUGACGGGGGAGUCUGUAUCCGUCCUGAAACACACAGACCCAGUGCCUGACCCCCGUGCCGUCAACCAGGAUAAGAAAAACAUGCUCUUUUCGGGGACAAACAUUGCAGCAGGGCGAGCGAUAGGUGUUGUUGUGGCCACAGGUGUGCAUACAGAGAUCGGGAAGAUCAGAGAUGAGAUGGCAGCCACCGAUCCAGAGAGAACCCCUCUGCAGCAGAAACUAGACCAGUUUGGAGAGCAACUCUCUAAGGUGAUCACAGUGAUCUGUGUGGCGGUUUGGGGUAUUAACAUCGGUCACUUCAGUGACCCAGUGCACGGAGGCAGCUGGCUGCGUGGAGCUGUGUACUACUUUAAGAUCGCAGUGGCACUGGCUGUAGCCGCCAUCCCUGAGGGUCUUCCUGCUGUCAUUACCACAUGCCUGGCGCUUGGCACACGCCGCAUGGCCCGCAAAAAUGCUAUAGUCCGUUCCCUCCCAUCAGUAGAGACACUUGGCUGUACCUCUGUCAUCUGCUCUGACAAAACAGGCACUCUUACAACCAACCAGAUGUCAGUCUGCAGGAUGUUUAUUGUGGACAUCGUGGGAGGUGAGAGUUGUUUACUGAACGAAUUUACAGUAACUGGAUCUACUUACGCCCCUGAAGGAGAAGUAUAUAAGGAUGGUGUAAUGGUACGCUGCAGUCAGUAUGAAGGGCUGGUGGAAAUGGCCUCUAUCUGUGCCCUGUGUAACGACUCUUCGCUGGAUUACAGCGAGAAUAAAGGUGUGUAUGAGAAAGUGGGAGAAGCGACUGAGACGGCUCUCUGUUGUCUGGUGGAGAAGAUGAACGUGUUUGACACAGACCUGAGAGGCCUCUCGCCUGCUGAAAGAGCCACUGCCUGCUGUUCAGUCAUAAAGCAGUUAAUGAGGAAAGAGCUGACUCUGGAGUUUUCUCGAGACAGGAAGUCCAUGUCUGUUUUCUGCUCUCCAAACAAACUCACUCGCUCUGCUUCAGGUGCCAAGAUGUUUGUCAAGGGGGCACCAGAGAGUGUGCUGGAGCGUUGCCGCUGGAUACGGGUAGGAGGUGGUACACGGGUACCACUGACCUCUGACCUAAGGGAGCAGCUCUUAAGCACAGUAAGAGAGUGGGGCUCGGGACGUGAUACACUUCGCUGCCUUGCCAUGGCAACUAGAGAUUCACCCCCUGACCCUCGAACCCUGAACUUAGAGAACUCUGCAGCCUUCAAAGAAUAUGAGUCGGACUUGACAUUCGUAGGUUGUGUGGGAAUGUUAGAUCCACCCAGGAAGGAAGUGCUGAAUGCAGUGCGUAUGUGCAGACAGGCUGGUAUACGGGUCAUUAUGAUCACAGGUGACAAUAAGGGCACUGCCCUGUCUAUCUGUCGUCGAGUGGGCAUCAUUACUGAACAGGAGGAAGAGGAGGCUGAAGGUGGGCCGUAUGGCAGCGGCCUCACAGGACGGGAGUUUGAUGAGCUGCCUCCCCACCUGCAGCGAGAGGCCUGCCGCACCGCCCGCUGUUUCGCCCGCGUCGAGCCAACGCACAAGAGCCGCAUUGUAGAAUAUUUGCAAAGCCUCAGUGAUAUCACAGCGAUGACGGGCGAUGGUGUGAAUGAUGCCCCAGCUUUGAAGAAGGCUGAGAUUGGCAUUGCUAUGGGCUCAGGCACGGCUGUGGCUAAAUCUGCUUCAGAGAUGAUCUUGGCAGACGAUAACUUUUCAACCAUCGUAGCUGCAGUGGAGGAGGGCCGUGCCAUUUACAACAACAUGAAACAGUUCAUCCGUUACCUCAUUUCUUCUAACAUUGGAGAGGUAGUCUGUAUUUUCCUCACCGCUGCUUUGGGAAUGCCCGAGGCUCUGAUCCCAGUCCAGUUGCUGUGGGUCAAUCUGGUGACGGAUGGUUUCCCAGCUACUGCUCUCGGCUUCAACCCCCCUGACCUGGACAUCAUGUCCAGACCCCCACGCUCACCUAAAGAACCACUCAUUUCAGGCUGGCUCUUCUGCAGAUACCUCAUCAUCGGCUGUUAUGUAGGGGCCGCAACAGUUGGAGCUGCUGCCUGGUGGUUCAUGGCAGCUCAUGAUGGACCAAAGCUCAAUUUCUACCAGCUGUCUCACUAUCUGCAGUGCAGUGAAGGUCAUGCUGAGUUUGCAGGAGUGCAGUGCUCAGUGUUCGAGUCUCCAUACCCCAUGACUAUGGCGCUGUCUGUGCUGGUCACUAUAGAGAUGUGCAAUGCCCUCAACAGUUUGUCAGAAAAUCAAUCUCUACUCAAAAUGCCUCCGUGGUCAAACCCCUGGCUGGUGGGAGCCAUCUGUCUCUCCAUGGCCCUACACUUCCUCAUCUUAUAUGUGGACCCUCUUCCUGUCAUAUUUCAGAUCCGGCCGUUGUCUUGGCCCCAGUGGGUGACUGUUCUCAAGAUGUCCCUGCCUGUUAUUUUAAUGGAUGAAGCCCUGAAAUUCUUGGCCAGAAACUACAUUGAGCCUGGCAGCGAUCUGCAGCUGGAGGAGGAUGGAAUCACAGCCAGCGGAGUGAUUGGCAAGCUGCAACGGGCAUUUAGGGGUGUGUCCUGGUCAUUUGUGCUCAUCUCUAGCCCAUUGCUGGUCUGGAUCUUCAGCCUGGACUCAGACAUUACCAACAUCUUCUGGGAUUAGAAAGAAGGAAGAUGUGUGUGAGUGCGUGUGUGAGUAUGUCUGAGUCAGAGAGGAAGUCAGAAAAGAAGCUGAUGAGCAGAAGCAGUAAAAAAAAAAGAUCCAAUACAGAACAAAUUUGGAGCUCCGUUUGAAAAACCAAGAAGUAGGGAUGAAAUCUAGAGCAAGACCAGGACAAUCACAGAUAAAGGAAUGCUGGGAAAUGCUAGGGACAUAUAGAGGAAGGGAAAUUGAAUUCAGUCUUUUAAAAUGGCAUGUUUUGUGCUCAUGACCACCUUCUUCAGUUUAUCUGUGUGUCACUGGUUUUGCAUUGUUCUUCGGUCUAUUAUUUGUAUUAUUUAUUUGUUUUUUAAUACACGUACAUCUGUAUUCGUUUUAGUUUUAUGAAAUGAGUUGCUUUUUAUGUGUGUAAUUUCUGUAAUACUAGCAACACCAAAUGUCUUAUAUUUGCCAGGUGAGACAUAACAAUGUUGGCUCAUCCAUUGGAAUGAUUUUUUAUAAUUUUAACUAAUCCAUGAAAGACAGUGGAAACAUUUGGCACUGCUAUUUGCACAGAAAUUACACACUUCCCUUUCAAGCAAAGUAGCUGUGACACCUCAAAAGCAUGGCAAUUGUCUGUCAAAAACUCAUUUUACCACAUGCUGUCACAUAUCCCUGAUUUCAU